AUGACUGUAUACUCUUUUUAUAUCUUUGACAGGCAUAGCGUCAACUCCAAAGCCCUGUCCAAUGAAGACGAUGCAAAACUGAUAUUUGGUUCCAUCUUUUCUCUUCGUCGCAUGGUUCGUCAACUGGGCGGUGAAGAUGACAGGUAAGCCCCCUUGUUUCUCUUCAAGUUAUGGUAUUUGAUGUAUUGACAAUGCUCAAGUUUCCUGUCGUAUCGCACUGGAGAGUACAAGUUGCAUUACUUUGAGACGGCAACGAAUCUCAAGUUUGUGAUGCUUACAGAUACGCGCAUAGCGAGCAUGCGUACUGUGCUAUACCAAAUAUGGGCCAAUCUCUACGUCGAAUACGUCGUCAAGAGUCCUAUCUCACCUGUUGAGCACACUGGUGGUGUUGGAGUUGCAAAUGAACUCUUCGAAGGAGCCCUAGAGAGCUUCAUUAACACUGUCUUUCCUCCUUCAUGA